GAAACGGAUUCUGCAAAGUGCAUUGUGUUCGCUGCCGCCGUCGGGGUCGCAUCGCCGGCCUGAAGCUUCUCUCGGCGCAGAAUGAGGCUCCCUUUUGGCACCUGCGGCGGGCCCGCUGUCAACCAGCUGGUUGCCGCCUUGGCCUCCGGCCUCGCCUUCGCCGGAGUGAUGUCCCCGUGGGCGUUCCCCUCCGUGUCCCUGGGUCAGCUCACGCGGGAGGGGUCAGGGAUACACCUCACCCGGGGUCAGCUCGACUGGUUCACGAAUCUGCCUCUGUUCAUGCUGAUUCCCGGCUCGGUCGUGGGCGGGGCAAUGGCGGAAGUCAUCGGGCCCCGGACUCUGCUGCUCCUGCUGACGCCCCUGCUUGCCGCUUCCAUGACGGCCAUGAACUUCGCGUCCCUGGAGGAGGUGCAGGACGCCGGUCUCGCUGAGGGCCUGCUGCUGGCGUCGAGGGCCGUCCAGGGGGCGUCCGCGGCGCUGAUGAACCCCGCCGUGUCCGUGUACCUGUGCGAGAUGCCGGAGGAGCGCUUCCGGGGGACGUUGGCCAGCCUGGUGGACGCCUGGGCGACCUUCGGCUUCCUGCUGACGUACGUCGCGGGGAGCUUCUUGUCGUGGCAGUCCCUGGCACUCGUCCUGCCCGCCUGCUUGCUCCUGCCGGCUUUCCUCGGGCUCUUGGCGUCCCCGGAGUCCCCGCAGUGGCUAAUGAAGAAGGGGAAGGAGAAGGAGGCGCUGCGUGUGCUUGAGAUGCUGCGCAGCUCCCCUGAGGACGUGACGAAGGAGCUCGAAGGCGCAACAGCCUCCGAGGAAGAUCCGUCCUGUUGGGAGGCGGCGAGGAUGCUUGUCAGGAGGUCCACCCUCGUGCCGAUCGCCGUCUCGAUGUUUCUUCUGCAGGCCAAGGAGCUCACCGGGAACAACGCCGUCCUCAUCUACAUGCCCCAGAUCUUCCAGGUGGCGGGCGUCGGCAUGUCACCCGGCACCAGCAGCAUCGUCGUUAUGGCGACGCGCCUCGGCUGCAACUUCGUCGGGUCGGCGCUGCUGCACCGCCUGCCGAGGAGGCGCUUCAUGCUGGCCGGCGCCGCCCUCUGCAUCGCCGCCACCAGCGCCCUCGGCGCCUUCUUUUUCCUGCAGGAGCGCGGCGACGACGUGGCCAACCUCGGCUGGAUCCCGAUGGUGGCGCUGCUAGCCUUCACGGUGGGCGUGUCCGUGGGCGUGGGUCCCGCGUCGUGGCUGGUGGCCGCCGAGAUCCUCCCACAACGCGUCCGUAACCUCGGCUUCGGCAUCGGCGUCACAGGAUACUCACUGGUCUCCUUCCUCGUCUCGAUGACGUUCGAACAUGUGCGGGGGGCGUGGGGAUCGAGCGGCCUCUUCUGGUCCUACUCGGCUGGCUGCGUCGUCUACGCCCUCCACGUCCUCCUGGCCGUCCCAGAGACGCGCGGACGCUCGCUGGCCGAGAUCGAGGACGCCUGGGGACGCCGCUCGUGCGCCGGGACACGACGAGGCGCGAGCGAAACGAUGCCCGAGUGAGGGCGCCGCCUCCCGGCUUUAGGAAAAACAGAACAAAAACAAACACUGGCAACUCGACUGGGGUCUGCAAAACUCCCAUUCACAGCUCUCUUUUAUGUUCAUCAAAUUACACUUUGUAUUUACAUUUACGUAUAUUUGUUAUUUAAAAAAACUUGUAUGCAGUGUUCCUAUUGUGUUACACCACUUUGUUUUAUCAUUAUUACUAUUGGUAUUUUUUAAUCCAAAGAGACUUUACGUUUUCGACCUCCAAAGGCUAGUUUGAGUUGCCAGUUUCCUCUCUUUGAGACCGGACAGAGUAGAGUAAUUACUAAUGCUUAUCUAGUCAUAUGUUAAAAACGAAAGAUUUUAUUGAUAUUUGAUAUACAUGCAUAAACAAAUACAAACAUGAUUAACAUCCAUAUACAUACAUUUAUCCGUGCAAACAUAUGUGUGUUCGGUUUUAGCAUUCUGUUAUGAUCCAGAGGGAAAGCAAACGCUAUUUAUGACGAAGUAUGUAUAUUGCUUAAUUGAGCAGUCACUCUGAUAUUUACAUGUAUCUUCUAGUUUUAAUAUUACAAUAAUCCACUUGAGGAAAUAUUUGGUAAUGUUAUAUCUUUUAAAAGAAGUGUAUAUGGCUUUUGUCAAUGAUAUAUAUUUUUUUCAUUUUGUUUUCACUCUUAGAAAUAUUUUCUAGUCAUCCAAAGGAAAAUUAAUACAUUUCAUUUUCAGAUGUAUGUAAAGGUUUUUAUUGAUAAAAAUAAUAGUGAGGACUUUGCAAUAUCAGAGAUCAGUUGAACAUAUACAUUUCUACAUUUAUACAGAAAAAUAUAUAAGGAAAUACUGCGGAUAACAACAAUAAAGAGUAAUAAAAUGUAUUGUGAAUC